CCACCGCCCUCUGGAAGAUGGCGGACGGUGGGGCCGGUCCCGCGCAGCAGGAUGGGGAGGUGUCCCCGGCGGCUGGCGGCGGUCGGAGAGAUCGGCAGCCCCGCAGCGGCGGCCGCCCGCCCAGCGCCCGGGAUUUGCAGUUGGCCUUGGCAGAGUUGUAUGAAGAUGAAGCUAAAAGGCAGUCAUUGUGUCCUGACAAACCAACAGCUACAAAGACCAGUAACACAAAAGUAUCACAGAGUCUUAAAAUUGAUUCUCUUAGAAGGUUGAGAAAACCAGAGAGAAGCAUGAGCGAUGACAAAGAAAACCAAAGAUUUUAUUCAGGUGACUUGGAAUAUAGAGGAUUACAGAUUUCUGGAGCUUCUAAUAGUCCGAGUAAAAUUGUUGCUGAACUCUUCAAGGAAGCAAAAGAACAUGGGGCUGUCCCAUUAGAUGAAGCCUCAAGAGUAUCUGGUGACUUCAGUAAAGCGAAGUCAUUUUCUGGUGGUGGCUAUAGAUUGGGUGACUCAUCACAGAAGCGCUCAGAGUACAUCUAUGGAGAAAAUCAGGAUGUUCAAAUUUUGCUGAAGCUAUGGAGGAAUGGCUUUAGUUUAGAUGAUGGCGAGUUGAGAUCCUAUUCAGACCCAAUAAAUGCUCAAUUUCUUGAAUCUAUUAAAAGAGGGGAAAUUCCUGUGGAACUGCAACGACUUGUCCAUGGUGGCCAGGUUAAUUUGGAUAUGGAAGACCACCAAGAACAGGAGUAUGUGAAGCCUAGACUGCGCUUCAAAGCUUUCAGUGGCGAAGGGCAAAAACUCGGAAGCCUUACACCUGAAAUAGUCAGCACACCUUCUUCACCAGAAGAGGAGGAGAAAUCAAUUCUUAAUGCACCUAUUCUGAUUGAUGAUUCCAUGCCAGCAACUAAAAUUCAAAUUAGGUUAGCAGAUGGAAGCCGAUUGAUACAAAGAUUCAAUCAAACACACAGGAUUAAGGAUAUUCGAGAUUUCAUUAUCCAGUCCCGUCCAGCAUUUGCGACAACCGAUUUUGUUCUUGUGACUACCUUUCCAAAUAAAGAGCUAACAGAUGAAAGCCUGACACUGCAAGAAGCAGAUAUACUUAACACUGUGAUUCUUCAGCAAUUAAAUUCUCUGAGUACAGACCUGUAUGGAUACGCAGUUAAAACUGGAUACAGAAGAAAAACUUAGUUGAGGAUGACAACCUUUCCCUCACGCAAGCUGAUCCUUGUUAAAAGAAAUCGAGACAUUUUCAGAGGAGAAGACUUCGGCUCUGAAUGCAGAAUAGUGCUUCCACUUUUUGUUCAUGAAGGGGUGCUUCGAUAUACGUGCAUUUCAGCCCAAGGACUCCAGCCUUGUAGAGUUCCCGUGAGGACGUCUCUCCUUACUCAGGUCCACACUUCACUAUGGCAAGAAUUUAUUUUAUUAGUAAUACUUCUUGCUUGGUUUAUUAGCAAAUAAAGUUUGAUUAGUCAUGGUGUUCUCCAGGCUGCAGAGAGUUCUCCAAUGUUUUGAUGUUUACACUUUUUUAUCUAUUGUUUUUCUUGUACUGGUUUUCUUGUUUUGAAUGCCAUGAGUACACUUUUGACUCUUUCAACUACAAAAUUAUAUUCCGGUGUAUUUUUAUUAAUGCAGUGCUACUUUUCCAUAGCAGUCUCUAAGUCCUGUAGUCUCAAAGAAAUUGAAAGCAAAAGAGGGAGCAUAAGUGCACACAAGCAGAUGGUUGUGCUAAAAUGGUUUUCACUAAAUUAUUUGCUCCUGCUCUUAUAGUCUAGUAAUUCUUUUGGUUUUCUAAGGAGUCUUCCCGACCACUGUUUUUCCUGGAAACAGACACAGUUCUUACACUGAGUUGGAACUGCUUGGCAACUUUGCUCACCACUCAAAGUAUUGGAAGCCAGGAUUUGGUCUAUGUGAAAGGAGUGAAUGCUUCAUCUGGAGAGAUCAGAUAAUUAGAUCUCUAAAGGAUCUGCCCAGAGUAAAAAAAACAAACCUGAAUCCUACCUGAAAUCCCAACACUAGAAAAAUUCAGAUAUACCACUGAAUUGUGUGUUUAAGGUAUACCUUUUCAUCCAUAAAAAUGGAAAGUGGCUGUUCUAACUCGAUUUUAGUUGUUUUGAAGGUGCUUUUCUCCCUGUUCUUUGUGAAAAUGGUAAAGAUAAACUUUUUGCAAUUAGCUUGCAGGAAGAGAGCUAACCCUGGCUGGCCUUACUGUGCCACAAGCUGGUUUUAAGAUAGAGGCUAACAGUCCACCUUAGUAGAAUCAAAAAUAAGUCAAAGGCUUGGAAACAUUGUAGGUUUUAGCUGGACUUAACACAUAGGUCUGGCAUCCGACAUAACCCUUAAUGGGAGACUAAGCCCUGUUGUUAGGGAUGUGCCUAAAGGAGAUGCCCUGAACAUUUCUGUCUUGCUCAGUGUACCCUACUCACUCCUGUCACACAGUCAAGGGAUGUGAUGAUUUAAGACGAUGAUUUUAGCAGAGUCAUUUUUACUCAUGGACAAAAGGGUUUAAUUUGAAAGUGUUUGGGAUUUUUUGGUACAUAGUGCAAUUUGACUUCCAAGUUUCUGACUGGGUCUCCAUAAUCCUCCACUUCAGUAAAACAAUUACUUAAAUGCAUGGAGCUAAGUAAACAGAGGUGAGAGACAAAUCAUGUAUCAGUCUGACAAACCUUGGCAAUUUGACUAUCUACCAGUUGUCUCUGCUGGUUGUUCCUGUUCAGUACAAUAGGGCCUGCAGCAUGUCAGUUCUUACAGGCAACUGUAGUAGAUUUGAAGUCUUUUUCUUUCCCUGAAUGCUUUCCUUCAUUCAGUUUCUUCAGAAGACCGCAAGAUACAAUAAACUAAGAUUUAACCUGAGUACAUUAAGCAAGUUUGGAUUGUCUUAUGUCAUCUUAUGUCACCAUGUCAUUUAUAAAUAUUGCAAUGCCCUGCUUGUAUUUAGUUGGUUUGAAUACAUGUGGCCCAGACAAAACAAAUUAUGCAAUCAAAAUUUUGCUGUCUUUCCUGCAUCCCUUCUGGUAAGUUUACAGUGCUGGCAGAUAAUUUCAGCCCAAGGACUCCAGCCUUGUAGAGUUCUCGUGAGGACAGCUCUCCUUACUCUCCUUACUCCACACUUCACUAUGGCAAGAAUUUAUUUUAUUAGUACUACUUUUU